CAUACCAAUAUGCAACAUCGUAAUUUAUAUAUUUUUUUCCCCUUGCUUGGAUUGAUUUAAAAAAAAGGUUUUAUACCUCCUCGAUGCUGCUUUUGAUUUGUCCUUUGUAGUUCUUUCUACAUUAAUACGAGUGACCAUGUGCGAAUACUGCUGCUAGGACAAAUACACUACCCUCACGGGAUGAAUGAAGUAUCUUAUCUGUCCAUAUGUCCGUCCAUGCAUGCAUCCACACACCUUACGAUAUUCAGCAGGUGUUUGGUGCCUGCGAGGCAGAGCGCAGGGCGUACCCUCCACGCACUGUAGCUAUGGAAACUGGUCGAUGGCAACAUCCACCAGUCCUCUCUCUCGCUCUCCUCCUCUCUUUCUGCGCCCCCCACCCCCCACCACACACACACACACAUCUUCGCCGUUACCUUCUGCGAGGUGGCGAGCGCGUGUGCAGCCGUGAACGACAAACGAGGCGCCGCAAGAUGGCGAUUGUGCGACUGAUGGCGUGUUGUGUGCUGUGCGCCAGCCUCGUCCACAUCCCAUCAUCGCUCGCAGUAAUCCUCCGGACCACGGACAAGAUCGUGUGGGCAAAUGAGUUUGAGCCCGUCGAGCUGACCUGCUUAAUAGAGUCCAUCUCCACCAACAACCCAAGGAUUGAGUGGAAGAAGAUUAGGAAUGGCAUCCCGAGCUACGUGUACUUUCAAAAGAAGAUAGCAGGCGACUUGGAGAACAGGGCGCAGCUCAGAGAGCCGGCAAACAUUGUGAUCUUCAAUGCCACCCGCGCAGACACGGCCGAGUACCGCUGCGAGGUGGCCGCCAUCGACGAUCAGAGGGAUUUUGAUGAGAUUCUCAUUAGUCUUGCAGUGAGAGUGAAACCCGUGGUGCCCCGAUGCAGCGUGCCCGAGGCGGUCACGGUGGGCACAUCGUCCGAGCUCCGGUGUCUGGAGAACGAGGGUUUCCCGGCACCCAUCUACCGCUGGUUCCACAACAACGAGGAGCUUCCCCAGGACCCCAAGAACACGCCCAAGUUUAUCAACGCCACAUACACCAUUAACACGGACACCGGAAGCCUGAAAUUCCGCAGGGUGAGGAAGGAAGACGCGGGGGAGUACUAUUGCCAAGCCAUGAAUGACGCAGGUCACGCCCAGUGUCCCUCCCAGUGGAUGGAAGUCUAUGACGUCAAUGUCCUCAACAUUGUCCUCAAGUCUGUCGGCGGAGUGCUAGCGGUCAUCUCUGUGAUGGGUUGCAUUUGGCAUUGCGUUCCACGCGUCUUCUCCACCAAAAAAGGCCACAAUGAAAACGAAUUCACUUGGCCGGCACAGAAUGAUGGAGUCGACUAUGGCGAUGCAGAUGAGGGACAUUUCCGCCACAAGUCGUCAUUCAUCAUCUGACAUCUAAGUAGAAGUGACGACGAGGUUAAUGUGCAACAACAAUGGCACGUUCGGUUAAGUUCAAGCUGUAACAUGGCACACACUGAUGCACACCGAAAUCAAACCAACUUGCCAAAGUAAUGUUCUAUAUGGUUUUGUGACACUAGUUUGUUUUUAUAGCGUUGACAGAUUUUAUAUUUGACUGUUCAGUAUUCCUUUCAUCAGCCACCGCUCACUUGUAGAAUUUAUUUUUUUAUUUCCCACAUUUUUCUACUAGACAGUAAAGUCAUUCAUUCACUUCCAAACUGUGACAUUUAGCCAAAUGAUGGUGGCGAGGGCAACAUUCCAUCACAAAUUUUGAAACUAAUUCUCUUUUCUAACGGUUUUUUUUAAUACACUGAACUUGUUUUACAGAAGUCGUCUUGUGUUUUGUCUGUGCUCACGUGAGAAACAUUGUGUUAUUUUCUUCUUUUUCCAAGUGGCCAUGGGUUUAAAGCAGUAUUUGUACAUAUUGAAUUUGUACUGGCAAUAAAUAGCAAAUUGAAAACAGGAUAUCAGAUAACAUGAGGCACAAUUUAUCCGCCUUGAGCAUAGCUACAAAUGAGAACAUUACAUGUACAAGUUACCCAGUGGAUCUGAAUACUAUAUAUCCCACUUUGCUGCAAAUUUAGAAUUUACUAUUAAAAAGUGGCAAUGUAAGACUACAGAGUGCUGUUUGUGUAUAAGUGACCUUCUGUGUGUUACUACUUUUUUGGUUGUAGAUAUUGGACAUAUUGUCCAGUUUUGCCUCAAUAUUGUACAUAAAUGCUAAAAUGUUUUCCCCCCAGUACCUUAUUGUAAAUAAGGCAAUAAGCUGUUCAAAUUGAUCAUUUUACAGUACAGUAUUUACUGUCUAGUGUUGUUUCAAACUCUUUUUGUGUUCAUGAUUUGUGUAAAAACUCAGGAACUGUUGUUGUACAAUGCCCACUGUCAAUGGUUGAUUUUUGUUAUGAUUAAAAUACAUUUGAACUGUU